GCGAGCCGCGGCGGCAGCAGGCAGCCCGGGAGCUCCGGCGGCGGCCGAGCCAGCGGCGGCCCGGCUCCCUGCCCCCUGCAAACUUUGCGAGCAGCCCGCCCGGGGGGCCGGGGGCGCGCCCGGGAGGCCCGGCUCGGACCGCGGCCGCGCUCUCGGCCGCCGCAGCGCCAGCCGCCGCUGCCGCCACCGCUGCAGCCCCGCGCCUCCCAGGGGAGCAGCCGGUGGCUCCCGCGGCCCCCCAGACCCAGCCCCUGGGAACUACCCGGCGAGUCCCUCGGCAAGGGCGGGGGCAGCAGCGGCGCGAUCGGCAGCGGACUGCCGGGGGGCGGCAGCCGCUGCCCAGCCAGGCACGCAGAGGCGCCGAGAGUGCUCCGCGGCGGGUCCCCAGUGCACUCGCCGCGCCCGGGCAGCGGCCCGACCCGGCGAGCAUGGGCGGUGCGGAGUGACGCCGCUGUGCCCGCUUGGCAUCAAGGACAUUCAGCCCGCGGGGGUGGGGACGAAGGGGGGCAGCCCCGCGUCGCCACUGCAGCCCCCGAGAGCCGCCGCUGCUGCUUGGGCUCCGGGGCUAGGUGGAGGAAAGGGGUGCUUGGAAUUCAUCCACAUUUUCCGACCUUUUUGUUGGACAUUACGCCCACCUUGGACGCUGCAAGAGGAGCUGUCAAACCCCGCAGGCUCUGAUUUGGCCCCCUCCGCUUUCCUUGGCGCUCCCGGCUUCCCUGUGCCUCGGUGGAGUAUUUGCGUUCGGGGCUGGGGCUGGAGGAGGCAGCCACACGCGCGCACACGCACACGUUCAGAGGAGGGCGAGAGGCAGCGGCACAGGCACCAUCUGCAGUGUCAAUGCGGCGCUCCCACUGAAGGAGGGAAACGCGGUGCUUCCAGGGGAGACUGCCCUGUUGAGUCCUGGUGACAGCUGUGCCCAAGUGCUGCUGGGCUGUGAGGACCCUUCUCUGAAAUGAAAGCCAUGCCUUGGAACUGGACUUGUCUGCUGUCCCACCUCCUGAUGGUAGGGAUGGGCUCCUCCACUCUGCUCCCCCGGCAGCCACCCCCACUGACCCAGAAGCGGUCCUUUGUCACUUUCCGAGGAGAGCCCACCGAGGGCUUCAAUCACCUGGUGGUGGAUGAGAGGACAGGGCAUAUUUACUUGGGGGCCGUCAACAGGAUCUAUAAGCUUUCCAGUGACCUGAAGGUCUUGGUGACCCACCAGACAGGGCCGGACGAGGACAACCCUAAGUGCUACCCGCCCCGCAUCGUCCAGACGUGCAAUGAGCCUCUGACCACCACCAACAACGUCAACAAAAUGCUCCUCAUAGACUACAAGGAGAACCGGCUGAUUGCGUGCGGGAGCCUGUACCAGGGCAUCUGCAAGCUCCUGAGGCUGGAGGACCUCUUUAAGUUGGGGGAGCCUUUUCACAAGAAGGAGCACUACCUGUCGGGGGUCAAUGAGAGUGGCUCGGUCUUCGGAGUGAUUGUCUCCUACAGCAACCUGGAUGACAAGCUCUUCAUCGCCACGGCGGUGGAUGGGAAGCCUGAGUAUUUCCCUACCAUCUCCAGCCGGAAGCUGACCAAGAACUCUGAGGCGGAUGGCAUGUUCGCUUACGUCUUCCAUGAUGAGUUUGUGGCUUCCAUGAUCAAGAUCCCCUCGGACACCUUCACCGUCAUCCCCGACUUUGAUAUCUACUACGUCUAUGGUUUCAGCAGCGGCAACUUUGUCUACUUUUUGACCCUUCAGCCUGAGAUGGUGUCCCCUCCAGGCUCCACGACAAAGGAACAGGUGUAUACCUCCAAGCUCGUGAGGCUUUGCAAGGAGGACACAGCCUUCAACUCGUACGUGGAGGUGCCCAUUGGCUGUGAGCGCGGCGGGGUGGAAUACCGCCUGCUCCAGGCCGCCUACCUGUCCAAAGCCGGGGCUGUGCUGGGCCGGACCCUGAGUGUCCGCCCAGACGACGACCUCCUCUUCACCGUCUUCUCCAAGGGCCAGAAGCGGAAGAUGAAAUCUCUGGAUGAAUCAGCCCUGUGCAUCUUUAUUCUGAAGCAGAUCAAUGACCGCAUUAAGGAGCGCCUGCAGUCCUGCUACCGGGGCGAGGGCACGCUGGACCUGGCCUGGCUCAAGGUGAAGGAUAUCCCCUGCAGCAGCGCGCUCUUAACCAUCGAUGACAACUUCUGUGGCCUGGAUAUGAAUGCUCCCCUGGGAGUGUCCGAGAUGGUGCGUGGCAUCCCGGUCUUCACGGAGGACAGGGACCGCAUGACUUCCGUCAUUGCCUACGUCUACAAGAAUCACUCUCUAGCCUUCGUGGGCACCAAGAGUGGCAAGCUGAAGAAGAUCCGGGUGGAUGGGCCCAGGGGCAAUGCCCUGCAGUACGAGACAGUGCAGGUGGUAGAACCUGGCCCUGUCCUCCGUGACAUGGCCUUCUCCAAGGAUCAUGAGCAACUCUACAUCAUGUCAGAAAGGCAGCUCACCAGAGUUCCUGUGGAGUCCUGCGGUCAGUAUCGGAGCUGCGGGGAUUGUCUUGGCUCCGGUGAUCCCCACUGCGGCUGGUGUGUGCUCCACAACACGUGCACCCGGAAGGAGAGGUGUGAGCGGUCCAGGGAACCCCGCAGGUUUGCCUCAGAGAUGAAGCAGUGUGUCCGGCUGACAGUCCAUCCCAACAACAUCUCCGUCUCUCAGUACAACGUGCUGCUGGUCCUGGAGACAUACAAUGUCCCGGAGCUAUCAGCUGGCGUCAACUGCACCUUUGAGGACCUGUCAGAGAUGGAUGGGCUGGUGAUAGGCAAUCAGAUCCAGUGUUAUUCCCCUGCAGCCAAGGAGGUGCCCCGGAUCAUCACAGAGAACGGAGACCACCAUGUCGUACAACUUCAGCUCAAGUCCAAGGAGACAGGCAUGACCUUCGCCAGCACCAGCUUUGUCUUCUACAACUGCAGCGUGCACAACUCGUGCCUGUCCUGCGUGGAGAGCCCGUACCGCUGCCACUGGUGUAAAUAUCGGCACGUCUGCACCCAUGACCCCAAGACUUGCUCCUUCCAGGAAGGCCGCGUGAAGCUGCCCGAGGACUGUCCCCAGCUGCUUCGAGUGGACAAGAUCCUGGUGCCCGUGGAGGUGAUCAAGCCCAUCACUCUGAAGGCCAAGAACCUUCCGCAGCCCCAGUCUGGGCAGCGUGGCUACGAGUGCAUCCUGAACAUCCAGGGCAGCGAGCAGAGGGUGCCUGCACUGCGCUUCAACAGCUCCAGCGUGCAGUGCCAGAACACCUCCUAUUCCUAUGAAGGGAUGGAGAUCAACAACCUGCCCGUGGAGUUGACGGUCGUGUGGAAUGGGCACUUCAACAUUGACAACCCAGCUCAGAAUAAAGUCUACCUCUACAAGUGUGGGGCCAUGCGGGAGAGCUGCGGGCUGUGCCUCAAGGCCGACCCAGACUUUGAGUGUGGCUGGUGCCAGAGUCCAGGCCAGUGUACCCUGCGCCAGCACUGCCCUGCCCACGAGAGUCGCUGGCUGGAGCUCUCAGGCGCCAACAGCAAGUGCACGAACCCCCGCAUCACAGAGAUAAUUCCAGUGACAGGCCCCCGGGAAGGGGGCACCAAGGUCACCAUCCGAGGGGAGAACCUGGGCCUGGAAUUCCGGGACAUUGCCUCCCAUGUCAAAGUGGCUGGCGUGGAGUGCAGCCCCUUGGUGGACGGCUACAUCCCUGCAGAACAGAUCGUGUGUGAGAUGGGAGAGGCCAAGCCCAGCCAGCACGCGGGCUUCGUGGAGAUCUGUGUGGCUGUGUGCCGGCCCGAGUUCAUGGCCCGCUCCUCGCAGCUCUAUUACUUCAUGACGCUGACUCUCUCCGACCUUAAGCCCAGCCGGGGGCCCAUGUCUGGGGGCACCCAGGUGACCAUCACAGGUACCAACCUGAACGCAGGCAGCGAUGUGGUGGUGAUGUUUGGAAAGCAGCCCUGCCUCUUCCACAGGCGAUCCCCGUCCUACAUCAUCUGCAACACCACGUCUUCUGAGGAGGUUCUGGAGAUGGAGGUGACAGUGCAGGUGGACAGGGCCAAGAUCCGCCGGGACCUGGUCUUCCAGUACGUGGAGGACCCCACCAUCGUGCGCAUCGAGCCCGAGUGGAGCAUCGUCAGUGGGAACACACCCAUCGCUGUCUGGGGGACUCACCUGGACCUCAUACAGAACCCCCAGAUCCGUGCCAAGCAUGGCGGGAAGGAGCACAUCAAUAUCUGUGAGGUUCUGAAUGCCACCGAGAUGACCUGCCAGGCCCCAGCCCUCGCCCUGGGUCCCGACCACCAGUCGGACCUCACCGAGAGGCCUGAGGAAUUUGGCUUCAUCCUGGACAAUGUGCAGUCCCUGCUCAUCCUCAACAAGACCAACUUCACCUACUAUCCCAACCCUGUGUUCGAGGCCUUCGGUCCAUCAGGGAUCCUGGAGCUCAAGCCUGGCACCCCCAUCAUCCUAAAGGGCAAGAACCUGAUCCCACCGGUGGCUGGGGGCAACGUGAAGCUGAACUACACCGUGCUGGUUGGGGAGAAGCCGUGCACCGUGACCGUGUCAGAUGUGCAGCUGCUCUGCGAGUCCCCCAACCUCAUUGGGAGGCACAAAGUGAUGGCCCGCGUCGGCGGCAUGGAGUACUCCCCGGGGAUGGUGUACAUCGCCCCUGACAGCCCGCUCAGCCUGCCGGCCAUCGUGAGCAUCGCGGUGGCUGGAGGGCUCCUCAUCAUCUUCAUCGUGGCUGUGCUCAUCGCUUACAAACGCAAGUCCCGCGAGAGCGACCUCACGCUGAAGCGGCUGCAGAUGCAGAUGGACAACCUGGAGUCCCGCGUGGCUCUGGAGUGCAAGGAAGCUUUUGCCGAGUUGCAGACAGACAUCCAUGAGUUGACCAGUGACCUGGAUGGGGCUGGGAUCCCCUUCCUGGACUACAGGACCUAUACCAUGCGAGUGCUGUUCCCAGGAAUUGAAGACCACCCUGUGCUCCGGGACCUCGAGGUCCCGGGCUACCGGCAGGAGCGCGUGGAGAAAGGCCUGAAGCUCUUCGCGCAGCUCAUCAACAACAAGGUGUUCCUGCUGUCCUUCAUCCGCACGCUCGAGUCCCAGCGCAGCUUCUCCAUGCGCGACCGCGGCAACGUGGCCUCGCUCAUCAUGACCGUCCUGCAGAGCAAGCUGGAGUACGCCACCGACGUGCUGAAGCAGCUGCUGGCCGACCUCAUCGACAAGAACCUGGAGAGCAAGAACCACCCCAAGCUGCUGCUCAGGAGGACGGAGUCGGUGGCUGAAAAGAUGUUGACCAAUUGGUUCACUUUCCUCCUCUACAAGUUCCUCAAGGAGUGUGCUGGGGAGCCCCUCUUCUCCCUGUUCUGCGCCAUCAAGCAGCAGAUGGAGAAGGGCCCCAUAGAUGCCAUCACGGGAGAGGCCCGCUACUCCCUGAGCGAGGACAAGCUCAUCCGGCAGCAGAUCGAGUACAAGACCCUGGUCCUGAGCUGUGUCAGUCCAGACAAUGCCAACAGCCCUGAGGUCCCAGUGAAGAUCCUCAACUGUGACACCAUCACUCAGGUCAAAGAGAAGAUUCUGGAUGCCAUCUUCAAGAAUGUGCCCUGUUCCCACCGGCCCAAGGCUGCAGACAUGGACCUUGAGUGGCGACAAGGAAGCGGGGCGAGAAUGAUCCUUCAGGAUGAAGACAUCACCACCAAGAUCGAGAAUGACUGGAAGAGACUCAACACCCUGGCCCAUUACCAGGUGCCGGAUGGUUCCGUGGUAGCUUUAGUGUCCAAGCAGGUGACGGCCUAUAACGCAGUGAACAACUCCACCGUCUCCAGGACCUCGGCGAGUAAAUACGAAAAUAUGAUCCGGUACACGGGAAGUCCCGACAGCCUCCGCUCCCGGACGCCCAUGAUCACCCCCGACCUGGAGAGUGGAGUCAAGAUGUGGCAUCUGGUGAAGAACCAUGAGCACGGGGACCAGAAGGAGGGUGACCGGGGGAGCAAGAUGGUUUCUGAAAUCUAUCUGACACGCCUGCUGGCCACUAAGGGCACUCUGCAGAAGUUUGUGGAUGACCUCUUCGAGACCAUCUUCAGCACAGCCCACCGCGGCUCGGCCCUGCCCCUGGCCAUCAAGUACAUGUUCGACUUCCUGGAUGAGCAGGCCGACAGGCACGGCAUUCACGACCCGCACGUGCGUCACACCUGGAAGAGCAACUGCCUCCCCCUGCGGUUUUGGGUCAACAUGAUCAAGAACCCGCAGUUCGUGUUUGACAUCCAUAAGAACAGUAUCACGGACGCCUGCCUCUCCGUGGUGGCCCAGACCUUCAUGGACUCCUGCUCCACGUCGGAGCACCGGCUGGGCAAGGACUCGCCCUCCAAUAAGCUGCUCUACGCCAAGGACAUCCCCAGCUACAAGAACUGGGUGGAGAGGUAUUACUCGGACAUCGGGAAGAUGCCGGCCAUCAGUGACCAGGACAUGAACGCCUACCUGGCGGAGCAGUCCCGGCUGCACAUGAGCGAGUUCAACACUAUGAGCGCCCUCUCGGAGAUCUUCUCCUACGUGGGCAAGUACAGUGAGGAGAUCCUGGGACCUCUGGACCAUGAUGACCAGUGUGGCAAACAGAAAUUGGCCUACAAACUAGAACAAGUCAUAGCCCUCCUGAGCUUAGACAGCUGAGAACCGUCCUUCCAGGGCCGCCCUGGAGGGAGGGACACACCAAGCCGUGCCUCAGUCUAGAUUUCAUCUUUACCAAGUGCAAGUUCCGACUGGCGUCAGCAGCAUCCCCUGAGCAGCGCUGUCUCCCCGGCCCCCGCCCUCUCUGCCUCCCUCUGCCUCUCCCUCCUUCCUGGAUCCCUUCUCGUUCGGUGGCUCUGCCAACACGCUUGGACCCAGCCGCCAACCCCGAGCCAGGGGUGGCCAGGCCCACAGCGAGGGACCUGUCCAGAAGGUAUCAGAGUGGGGCUCUCUCUCCAACUGCUCCUGACUUCAUGCAGCA